AUGUCCAACCGAAGCACCGUGACCGAGUUCCUGCUCCUGGGCUUCUCUGAUGUCCGGGAGCUGCAGAUUCUGCAUUUUGUGGUGUUCCUGGUGCUUUACCUGGCAGCCCUGAUGGGGAAUCUUCUCAUCAUCUCAGCUGUCGUCCUCGACCGCCGUUUGCACACCCCCAUGUACUUCUUCCUGGUCAAUCUGGCCAUGCUAGACCUCGGCUCCAUCUCCUCCACCGUCCCCAAUUCCAUGGGCAACUCCCUCCUAGACAGCAGGUCCAUUUCUUACCCUGCCUGUGUCGCCCAAGUCUUUCUCUUUGUCCUCUUCACUUCAACAGAUAUUGCCUUAUUGACCAUCAUGGCCUAUGACCGACACGUCGCCAUCUGCCACCCGCUGCACUAUGAGAGAGUGAUGAACAGGAGAGCCUGUGUCCACAUGGCCACUGGUACAUGGAUCGCUGGUAUUGUCUACUCUGCCCUGCACACGGGGAACACCUUCAUGUUACUCUUCUGCCAGUCCAAUGUCAUCAACCAGUUCUUCUGUGAAAUCCCCCAGCUCCUGAAGCUGGCUUGCUCCGACUCCUAUCUCAGUGAACUUGGGAUUAUUGGCUUUAGUGUGGUUUUAGGUUUGAAUUGCUUUGUUUUUAUUAUCGUGUCAUAUGUUCAAAUAUUCAGAACGGUGCUGAGAAUCCCCUCGGAGCAGGGCCGGCACAAAGCCUUCUCCACCUGCCUCCCCCACCUCGCUGUGGUCUCCUUGUUACUUUUCACAGCUGUGUUUGCCUACCUGAAACCCAUCUCCAGUUCAGCAUCUAAUCUGGAUCUGGCGGUGGGUGUUCUCUACGCCGUGGUGCCUCCCAUGCUGAAUCCGGUCAUCUACAGCCUGAGGAACCAGGAGAUCAAAGCUGCACUGAAGAAACUGAUGGGGUGGAGGUUAAUCUCCAAGAUCUGA